GGGCCGUCGGGUAGAGAGAGCGAAGUUUGGGCUUCAAAAAUCCAAUCUUGUUUCAACUCAUCAUCUUUCUUCGUCGCAUGUCCGGUCCGAGCCCGAGCAAAACGAAGAGUGCGACCGAAGCUUUUGCGGUGUCGAUGACGUGUGCUCUGUCGGUGGAAGACUCUCCAUGAGGCGUCGCUGCUCCUCCCUCCCCUCGUCUCUCGCCGCCUCUGCCUCUACCUCCGCCUCCGCCGGCCCAGCCAUGUAUCCUCGUCCCAAGUACCGUGGUGGUAGAUAUUCAUCCCAAAGAAGCAUCUCUGACUCCUUGCACGACGGUGGAAGAGGGCAAUUUUCAAGUGGUGACUCCAAUGUCCAUGCAGUGCAUGACAGAAAUCGAGGAUUCCAACAAGGAGCGAGGGUAAACUUCGUCACUGGAGACUCUCACUUCCGUUCAGUCCAGGAUGCAAAUCGUGGACUCCGACGAGGAGAGAUGGGUGAUUCUGCCGUCCGGGCUGGGUAUCGGCCUCCACCAUUCAAUUCAAGAAGGCAUUUUGUUCAGAGCCAAUCAUACGGGCCAUCCUCUGGUUAUAAUCAUGAUACACAAUUCCACCAUCCCCAGCACUGUACUCGGGGUCAGAGUAUACAGCAAUCCCCGCAAUCUAGUCGCAAUCGACAGUAUCAGCAGCACAGACCAUCAAAACAAAAUCAGCCAUUCUGGAGACCUCCACAAUCUGAUUGGAGUUUAGCUGCUCGGACGUCAGAAGAGCAAAGGUCUAGGCCGCAAAGACCUCCCGAUUAUCGAAUUUGGGAAUAUGCAAAAACGGAGCCACCUUCUGACUGCGAGCGGUUUGUCAUUCUCUCAUACAACAUAUUGGCUGACUAUCUUGCUAUAAACCAUCGAAGCAAACUCUACUAUCAUAUACCUCGCUAUAUGCUGGACUGGCAGUGGAGAAAGAGAAGUAUCUUAUUUGAGCUUGGAUUAUGGUCUGCUGACAUAAUGUGCUUUCAGGAGGUUGAUAAAUUUUACGAUCUGGAGGAGGAGUUGAAGUCACGAGGAUAUUGUGGUAUUUGGAAGAUGCGGACUGGAAAUCCAGUUGACGGCUGUGCAAUAUUUUGGCGUGCUUCAAGGUUCAAGUUGCUUCAGGAAGAAUGCAUUGAGUUCAACAAGCUGGGGCUUCGGGAUAAUGUUGCUCAGAUAUGCGUGCUUGAGCUAGUGAGUGAAAAUGAGACUGGAAAUACAACCCAUCAAUCAGCCAGUUCAGCAGGUUCUAGAAAGAUCGUGGUUUGUAACAUUCACGUGCUCUACAAUCCCAAAAGAGGAGAAAUUAAGCUUGGUCAGAUAAGGGUUCUUCUGGACAGGGCUUAUGUUGUAUCCCGAGCCUGGGCUGAUGCUCCUGUUGUUCUUUGUGGGGAUUUCAAUUGUACUCCGAAGAGUCCUCUAUACAACUUCAUAUCUGAGCAGAAGUUAAGUUUGUCUGGACUAGAUAGAGAUAAAGUAUCUGGUCAAGCCUCUGCAGAAAUUCGUCCAACAAUACCAGAUAGUCAAAACACUCGUGGUCAACCUCAAUUCCGGGUGGACAACAAUAAGCUCAAAGAUUCUACUAUGGAUGAGCAGAAUCAGAGGAUCCAAGAUAACAGUAAGGAAAAUUCUCUUAAUGUGGAUGACCCUUUUCAGCAUAGGUGUACGGACAGUGAUCCAGCAUCCUCUGCUAAAUCUUGCACAACUAGGCAGAGUGCAAGUGACGGCAGCGAACUUGAUCAUGAAUUGAGAAAAGACUCUGAACAGAAUCCAGCAGAUGAUGCUGCAAAUAAAAAUGGAUUACCUCCUGAUACUUUUUUGGACGGAGAACCAAGCUCUAAUACUUUGAUUGGAGGGACCGUGUCUCCUCUUGAUGAUGUCAAGUCAGGCAAAGAUAAAUGUACUUAUCAGAUGGCUUCUUCAUGUGUCACUGAGCUAUCUGAUUUAAAUAGUUCGCAAGCAAAAGAUUGCGUAGAUGUUGUAUUGACAGCUUCCAUUAUGGGCGAAGACUAUACUAGUAGGGUAACUGUAGAUCCUGAAUCUCUAGAUUCAAGUGAUGCGAAGAUUGCUUCGUUUGUGUUGUCGUGCCAAAAGGCUACUUCUGAUGAUGCUGAAACCACUUCUUCAGAAGUUGCAGGGCAGGUAAUAUCCCAAUCAGUCAACGACAAACAGGAUAAUCCUUCAACCUUACAUAGUGAAUUACUUGUGGAUACCAUGUGUGACUCGAUAGACGAGGAACUGAAAGUUGCAGGGCAGGUAAUAUCCCAAUCAGCCGACGACAAACAGGAUAAUCCGUCAACCUUACAUAGUGAGUUACUUGUGGAUACCAUGGGUGACUCAAUAGAUGAGGAACUGAAGAAGUUAUCUCUCAAUGAGCCAGAAGAAUCUGGCAUGGAAGUUGGAUGUUCUUAUGAGGAUGAUGACACAUUCUUAUCUGCAUUACACAACUUAGGAGGUGCAGAUUCCUCUCCUGGUAGUCAAAUUGUCAAGGAGUUUUCAUCUGGUUUGGAUUUUGAGCCUGUUGAAGGGGAGAUCUCUACUUAUGAUUCUUCCUUGUGGACACCGAUGGAGAUAGCUACAGCUACUGGCAGUGCAGAUUGUCUCUUUUUGGAGCAUCCCCUCAAACUUAAGAGCACAUAUCCCGAAGUAGAGGAUUCUUCUGGGACUAGAGACACAAACGGGGAACCCAUGGUCACCAGUUACAACCGAUGCUUUAUGGGUACAGUUGACUACAUAUGGCAUUCCGACGGUCUGCAGACAACAAGGGUGCUUGCUCCAAUACCCAAACAGGCUAUGCAAUGGACAACAGGGUUCCCAACUAAGAGGUGGGGUAGUGAUCAUAUUGCCCUAGUUUCUGAAUUGGCUCUUACAAAGGGUGCAGCCGAUCAAAGGAAUGAAGUGCAGUAAUAGACCAGCCUUUGGCACCUGAGAGUUUUGGUGUAAGAGUCAUCACCUAGAAUUCAUUCUUACCAGAUUAGGUUAGAGAGGAAUUUUGAUUGGUCAAUUCGUUUGGAUUUUUCCGACACUGUUUUUAUUAUUGUAUUAGAAGAGUUCCUGAAGUCGGAACGAGGAAUGUGCCAGGUCAAGAAGAAAUCUGCUUGGAGACCGAAAAAUGUCUCCCAAGAAGCUCUGGAAGCAACUCUUGUAAAUUUAUGCCGGAUUCUUUUCAUUAGAUGCAUUUAACAGUCGAU